AUGGUUUCCGCCAACUCUGCAGCUUCUUCGUCGACGCAAGACCUCAUCAUCUCGGUUGACAUCGGGACCACCUCGAUCCGAGCUAUCGCCUUUAACAAACUGGCAGAGGUUGUCAGCACUGUUCAAGUCGAAUACGAUCAAAUCUACCCUCAUCCAGGAUGGCACGAGCAGAAGAUGACCGACUUGAUCGGGACCGUCUGGAGCUGUCUCGAUGGGGUCGCCGAAAAACUCGAGGAAAUGCAUUACAAACUCGAUCAGGUCAAGGGAGUCGGUAUCACUAACCAGCGAGAGACCACCUGCGUCUGGAGUAAAAGUAAGGGCGAGGGAAUAUGCAAUGCAAUCGCUUGGCCCGACACCCGUAACACCGACACCAUCCGAAAGUUGGCCGAACAGAGUGACAAGGGUCUCGACGCUCUCAAAAAGACUACCGGAUUGCCCUUGUCCACCUACUUUUCCGGUCCCAAGCUCCGAUGGAUGAUGGACAACGUCCCCGAAGUCAAGGACGCCCACGAUUCCGGUGAUCUCUACUUUGGUACGGUCGACUCUUGGGUUCUGUGGAACAUGACUGGGGGUCUUGAUGGCGGUGUCCACUUGACCGAUUGCACCAACGCCUCUCGAACCAUGUUCAUGGACUUGGAGACUCUCGACUGGAGCCAGGAUUGUCUCGACUUUUUCGAGGUAGAUAAGGGGUGCCUCCCGAAGAUCGUCAGCAACGCCGAGGUCUUUGGCAAGGUGUCUCAAGGCAAGUUCAAGGGCUUCCCCAUUGCCGGUUUGAUUGGGGACCAGCAGGCAGCGCUCGUCGGUAACAAGUGUAUCGAGACCGGAUCAGCUAAGAACACCUAUGGUACCGGUGCCUUCAUGUUGUUUAACACGGGUCACGAGAUAGUACCCUCGACUCACGGUCUCUUGACCACGGUCGGCUACCGCUCGUCUCCCCAGUCGAAGCCCGUCUACGCUCUCGAGGGAUCGAUCGCCGUCGCUGGAUCAUCCGUCAAGUGGUUGAGAGACUCGAUGGGAUUGAUCGGUGAUUCGUCUGAAGUCGGUCGACUCGCCGCCGAGGUCGAGGACGCCGGCGGACUCUUCUUCGUUCCAGCGUUCUCUGGCUUGUUCGCUCCUUACUGGGACGACCAGGCCAGCGGUUGCAUUAUCGGUAUCACCGGAUAUACCACCAAGCAUCAUCUCGCUCGGGCUACCCUCGAGGCGACUUGCUUCACCACCAAGGCAAUCCUCGACGCCAUGGCGAAAGACAGCAAGACCACUCUGUCUGUCCUGCGAGUCGAUGGUGGAAUGACCAACUCGGACAUUUGUAUGCAGCUCCAGAGCGACAUUCUCGGAAUAUCGGUCGAGCGACCACAGAUGAGGGAAUCGACCGCUCUCGGAUCGGCCAUCUGCGCCGGUGUGGCUCUCGGCCUGUGGGGCUGGUCGAUGGAGGACCCCGCCAGUUUAUCCCGGGUCAACACUGCCGAGGCCACCAUCUUCAAGCCUCAGAAAGACGAGGAGGACAGGGAGAUUCGAUACGAAGGUUGGAACCGUGCCGUCGAGAGGAGUCGAGGAUGGAAGAACCCCACGUUUGUACGUGCCAAGUCGGCGUUCCAGAAGGACGAAGUCGUAAUCACUCGGGGGAACUAGAUGCUGGAGCGGGUUCCUGCUUGGGUGUUCGUCAGACUUUGAAGUAGAGUCGAUAGCGACC